AUGCUCCUGUCGCCGAUAGAUGACCCCUUCCCUAAGCAAUCGAUCCCUUCCUCAUCCGUCACCUAUUCCCGCUUCAGAGCCGUCCUCUUCAAUGAUCUCCUCGACAGCAACCCCAUCAACAGGGCCCGCGCCCUCGACAACAUCGUCCAGAUCGUGACCGAAUGGGCGCGCGUCGUCACCGACAACGGCGCCCUCGCUGACCUGACCCGCCCAGGCUCCUUCUCUGCUGCCAACCUCACCCCUCCCUUCAGUCCCGCAGGUGCCGCCGGCGGUGCCGCGUGCUCCAUCGAAAGCACCCUCUUCCCCUCUGUACCCCCAGCUGCAUCCUCAGCAGGUGCAGUCCCAGCAGCACAGGACGACCCUUGCCAGCAGACACUCCCCAGUGCCAUCGAGAAGCUCACCAUCUCAACACAUCCUCACCACCGAACCUCCUCUGUCGAGGACUCAAUAGUGUCUCCUCACCGGCCUCGGUCCAGAAAGGACUCCUCCAUGUCUGCGUCCUCGCCCAGCUCCAGCUCGCCCAGCUCCAGCGGCGUUUGCCACUCGGCCUCCUCCUCGUUCUCGACCGCAACCGCUGAUGCUGCCGGUGGCCAGGGCGCCGCCCUCUCGUCCUCGCCCAUGACCUCGUCCAGCUACCAUUUCCAGAACGACCCCGACGUGCACUUUAACCGACCCCUACCUGACAAACUGUCUCCCAUGGAGGAACGGGUUGCAGAGGUCGAUGAGGCUGCGAGACUGUUGCGCCACCAUAUCCUGACUAUCCUCCGCUUCUCAAUCUGCUGCCCAUACAAGGACGUCAAAAUUUGUCUUGUGGGUCUUCUGAAUGAACUUGAGUCGCUUCACAUUCCCAUCCCGAAACCGAUCCACUCUUCAGCAUCGUUCUUUAUCGAUCCUAAAGACAUUUACUUGCUCGACAGCCCAGACAACUCCAGAUGUGCCUCGCCUACACUCUCUGCCAAAGACCGCUCGCCUUCCUCAUCUUCGCUCGCCACUCUUUCGCGUACCUCAGGCUGUCUUCCCCCAUCCUUGGGCUGCGUGCCAGACGAGGCGACAAAGCAGAUCAUGACACAGACGUUCCUUCACUACGGCCGGACCAGUAACCUCUUCCGUAUCAUGGCCUUCUUUCCUUCCUUCUGGGAAAAGUUUGAGAACUCGCAGCAGAUUAUGAUGAAUGGACCGGGACCUAUUCCCAAACCGUGGCGGUGUUAUGUCGCGAUCAUGGCUGCCUCUCAAUACAAUUGCCAAUAUAUGGUUUCAAUGAUGAAGCUAGACUAUUUGACGAGCGGUGGCGACCCCACCUGGUUGAAUGGUCUGCAAUUCACGACCCAAAAGAUCAGGAACCUAGCAAAGCUCAAUGGACUAAUGGCUCACCAGCCAUGGCUACUUAAGCCCAGGCACGUUCAGGAGCUCGUCUGCCGCGAAUCCAACCAUAAUCCCCACAAUGUCUGGACCAUUAGUGAGCUGGCUCAAGUAAUAGUCAUCAUGGCAACGGUCCACAGCAUCAGUAUGUUUGUCGCGACCUGUGGUAUUGUCCCCGAGAUCGACAUGGUUGGAGGCACAGUCGUGGAUAUGUCAAAGAUUCAGACGAGAAAGUCUCAGGACGAGAGUAUGAUGAGCCCGCUGUCAAUGCUUCCCUCCCCCCAACCCGACCUGGAUUCGGGGGCAAAGUCACCCCACACAGCUUCGUCUGCAACGACAUCAGAUCAAACACAGGAUCGUGCCCCAGGCGAGGACCUGGUUCGAUCUCCGUUUUAUUUUCACAUCACACUUCCACCAGCGCCUAUCACCAAGAGGACAUACGAUGAGGCGACGUCGAAGAUGCACACUGCAGAGUUGAUUAAGAGAUUAAUGGAAACGGACGCCUGUUACAGCUAUGGAGAGGACGGAGAUAGCGAUGCGGAUGCGGAUCAGGACCCCACAGAACAGAAUCUUCCUCCAGGAUUUGAGGAGAUUGAAGACACAUUUCCUGCACCCGAGACAAGAAUUAUUUCGCCACCCGUUUCGACCCCGCUGACGGAGACAUUGUCGGGUCAAGAGCCGACAGAGAGAAAAUUUCGACCGGUGCAGGAAGACAUGAGUCGUUUUCUGGACAUGGGAUGCCAGGUCGAACCAGCAUUGUUCGACUGCCGAUCGAGGCUCUACAAGGUCUUCAGAGUGCACGAGUUCCGCUGGGAGGAUGACGCCUCGGCCCUUCUUUCAAAAUGUCUUCCAGAACUCAGCGAAAGUCUCGAGGACGAGUAUGCGGAGACAUUAAACUUUACGGAUCUCAGCUUCUUUGAUGAGAACGGCGAGAAGCAUGAGGGAGGCGUCGAUACGUUUGCUUUCCGACAGGCGAUCUGGUUUUACACCCUGCGGCUGUGUGGACUAUUGCAUCAGGAGUAUAACUACCGAAACCUGUCGAAAUUCAUGAACACGACACUGGCAACGUACAUCCGCAAGGCGUGUCAUGGCAUCACCAUGGUUGAGGCACCAGUUCAGGAAGGAUCCGAGAGCGGUCUACAGUCGCAGAUGUAUCUGUCGGACAUCAACAAGAUCGACAAGAACGACUUUGAGAACAUGGGCUUUGAGCUGCGACCGGAGGAGCGAUGCCACAUCAACAUUAUCGUGAUGGAGGCAUGCAAACAGGCCAAGUUGAUGUAUGCGCUGCGCGCUGUCGACCGGUGGGAGCGGAAGGGCGAAGGAGACGAGGAGGAGGACGAGGGCGCUGAUGAUCGAUUCUAA